AUAUCUUUCCCAAUCUACAUUUUCGCAGUUACUUAAAUAUUCAAGAAACAAAAUCGAACAGCUCUCUCAAAAAUGGCAGCUCAUUCUCUAACCAAUCUUCCAUGGAAAACACAACCCAAAAUCAAUGCAAAACCCCUUACCUUUCAAAAAGUUUACUCCAAAUCCUUAAUAUCUAGUAACUCUUUUAAACCCUGCAGCUCACUAGACCCACAUACCCAUUUCAAAAAUCUCUCUUUCCAAUCCUCAAUUCCCAGUUUCCACUCUACGCGCCGCUCCAUCUCCGCCACAGCCAUCUCCAGCCUCCCUACUGCGAACCCGGAGAGAUUAGCUUCUGCUGAGAAAGUUCCAAAGUGGACAUGGAGAGCAAUUAAGGCUUUUGCUAUGGCUGAAUUGGAAGCAAGGAAGCUUAAGUAUGCUACUACUGGCACUGAAUCUCUUCUUUUGGGAGUCCUGAUUGAAGGAACUAGUGCAGCUGCAAAGUAUCUAUGGAAAAAUGGAAUUACUCUACUCAAAGUGCGUGAAGAAAUUGUGAAGUUACUUGGAAAGGCCGACAUGUAUUAUUUCCCACCUGAGCAGCCUCCCUUGAUAGAAUCAGCUCAAAAGGCCCUUGAUUGGGCUGUUGAUCACAAACUAAAAUCUGGAGAUAAUGAGGAAGUUACGACAAGUGAUCUAGUUCUCGGCAUCUGGUCAGAAGUCGACUCCCCAGGUUACAAGGUAUUGGCUACACUUGGCUUUAAUGAUGAGAAAGCCAAAGAGCUCGAGUCCUUAAGUUCUGGACCCGGAUUUGUAGAUGGUUGAUGCCUUCAGGUUCUUUUAUGAGCACUUAUGUAAUUCUUUUCAUUCAGAAUUUGAUGAAGAAUUGAAAUUGCAAAUCAUCGAAAAGAGAUGAUCGAGAUGAAACAUUUUCACACAUGAGCUUCAUCCAGUGUUUCACUAGGUCUGUGAUUUUCUUGAA